AUGGCAGCUGCACGGCUGCGCAAGGCGUUUCGUUAUACUGACAAUUUGGGUGAUGGCGAGCAUGAACGUGAAGAGCUAGACGAGGAGGGUUACCUUCGCUGCCAUCCCACUAUUAUCAGUCUCAAUAUUCAUUCCGUCAGUGUUUCAGCAGGACUCGGGUUUACAGGAGCGUUUCCUUUCAUUCUUGGGCAUUCUUUCAUUGAUAUCCACGGCAUACAUCAUGAAGCACUUCCGCUCGGAUCCGAAGGGCAAAGGAUCUAUGCGAAGUUCAGGUAUUCUAACCCACAUUCGAAAGUUCCUUCUCCCUAUAAAUACCGCAAUAUGUGGCCUGUUACUAGUAGUGUGGCUCUUCUCUUUGGUGGAACCACCUAG